GAAGGGGGAGAGGUUCGGCAAAGUCCGGAAACGCUCGGCAAUGGCCGGAGGCGGCUUUUAAGGAGCGGAGCGGCUGCCGGCUCGCCCUGACCCGCCGCCCGCGCCGAGGGGACGCGGCUCGCCCCGGCCUCCCGCCGCGCCGUCAGGGGAGGGGGCGCGAUGCUGGCCGACAGCCUGGUGGAGGAGUUCGAGAUCCGCGAGGAUGAGCCCUGGUACGAUCAGCAGGACCUGCAGCAAGACCUUCACCUUGCUGCUGAGCUUGGGAAGACGCUCCUGGACCGUAACACUGAACUAGAAGCAUCUUUACAACAAAUGUAUGCAACAAAUCAAGAGCAACUGCAGGAAAUAGAGUACCUCACAAAGCAAGUGGAGCUCUUGCGUCAGAUGAACGAUCAGCACGCCAAAGUCUAUGAACAGCUGGAUGUGACAGCAAGGGAGCUUGAGGACACUAAUCAAAAACUAGUUGCAGAAAGUAGAGCUUCACAACAAAAGAUACUCAGCUUGACAGAGACUAUUGAAAAUCUGCAAACCCACAUGGAUGACCUGCAGCAACAAGUAGAAGAACUGAAGAAGCAGGGGCGAGGCCGGAUGAGCCAUGAGAGAUCUGACCAGCCAAGAUCAAUGCACAGUUUCUCAUGUUUGAAGGAGCUUUACGACCUUCGCCAGUAUUUUGUUUAUGAUCAUGUGUUUGCAGAAAAGAUUGCUUCGAUGGAUAGUCAGCUAAGUCCUCUAGAAGAAGAAAAUGAGAACUUAAAAAAGGCAGUUACAGUUCUGCAAGCCCAACUUAACCUAGAAAAAGAGAGGAGGGUAACCAUGGAAGAGGAAUACAGUCUCAUGGUAAAAGAAAACCGUGACCUUGAGCAGAGGCUUGUUGAUAUAGACUUACUUCGAGCUCGUGCAGAGGAGUUGGAAGUGGAAGUAGCUGAAAUGCGACAAAUACUUCAGUCUGAAAACACAUUCCAUAAUGCUGAUAAAUUGGUGCCAGAAUCCUUUUUCGUUUCAUUCAAGGAAUCUUUAGACAGGGAGCUUGGUCAGAGCCCAGCAGAUGAUGGACUUCUGACUGUAUCAGAAUUUGAGAAGAAGGCACUGAAACGGAGCAGCAGCGACACUUUCCUAAGCAGUGCUGCAGGGGGAGACAUUCUAAGGGGCCAUGAAGAAACCUGUAUCAGGAGAGCUGAAGCUGUGAAGCAGAGGGGAAUCUCUGUACUUAAUGAAGUUGAUGCUCAGUAUAAUGCUCUGAAAGUGAAGUAUGAGGAACUUCUGAAGAAGUGUCAAAUGGAUGAAGAUUCUUUGAAACACAAGGCUGUGCAAACACUGAAGCAGUAUUCCAAAGACUUAAAUGUGGGGAAUACCCAGUAUGAUCUUUCAGCUAGCAACCAAGAAUUCACAAAUGUGGAGCUAAGUGACUCUCCCACAAAUGCUCUUCCUGAAUAUAAAGCACUCUUCAAGGAAAUUUUUAGCUGUAUCAGAAAAACAAAGGAAGAAAUAGAUGAACACAGAGCUAAGUACAAGUCCCUCUCCUCUCAGCCCUAACAUUGGAUGUGCUGACAACCUGUUUUCUAUUCAUGACUUAUCUGUUAGUCAAGAAGGGGAAAAAACUUUAUAAAAAUGACAGAAGACCCCUUAUACUGAUGAAUUUCUUGAGCACUCAAAAUGAAUGUUUUGAAUUGGCUUGUAGACCUGUAGUUAACAAGCUAGUUAGUUAACAGCUAGUCUCUCUUUACCUGUGUAGCAAUAGAUUUAAUGUUGUUUAGCACUGUCACACAAACUAGUGGUUGUAAAGCAAACAAACAUCAUACCUUAAUACUACACUACUACUUCAUACUACACUUAAUCUCUGGCCAGAGCAGUGACUGACACUAGUUUCCUUACUCCACUUCAAAAAUAAUAGAGAAUCUGUAAGAAAUCUGUACUGUGCUUCUCCUAAGGAACCAGACUACAGCUUUCUUUUGGUUUGCAGGUGAUGAUCUAGCCCUGUAACUACAUUUGUGUAGAAAAUUAAAAACAGAGCCCCUGACCAGUAUCAUGGGCAGCCUCUCCUUGGUCCUCGAGUAUGAAGUUAGCAGUCUAGCUGAAGUUGCUUUGGCAGGGAGGUGGAGAACUGGCACAGCAGCCUGCUCUGUGCUUUGGUUAAGGUAAUACCAUGUUUUUCACAUGCACUAAGCUCUGUCUUCCUACUAGAAAAGUAUUUGCUGUAAAGUUUGUGUGGCUUUUUAGGUAUGGUUUCUUAUGUAGGGCACUUUCUCUUAAGGCAAGAUACUGUGAAUUGAUUAUGUAUGUUUUUUGGGACCUACUGUUCUUCGUGGAAUGUCUGCAAAGUACAUUUUUAUGUGUAUUUGGAAAGAUAGAAGCUUGCAAUUUAGCUGUUUAGUAGUAGCAUUGACAUAGUGGAAUAGCUUUUAAUCUUACAUACCACAAACUCCAAGUGCUUGAAGGAGAUGGGCCGGGUAAAACCUUAUCAUACUGUUUUGUCUGUUGCUUCCAGUGUCAGCUUCUGUGGACUUAUUCCAUGCUGCCUGGAGUGGGUGGAAGGCCAGACACAACACUACCAGACCAUAUCCUCCUGAAAACAGGGGACCACAUUCUUGUCAGUCUUUAUCAACUCCCACAUGAAUAAUAAUUUAGAUGUAUUAAAGUUUAGAAAAACAAGUAACAUGGAGAAAUAUGAUUUUUUUUUUAAAAAAACUGCUUCCAAGUGUGAAGAAAACAAAGGCUAAGAGACUAAGUGGGGGGUGAGGCACAAGAAAAGAUGACAUCCUUCUCCUUACAAAGGGCCUAAUAAUUUAAUUGGUCAGCUUUUUUUGGGAAUCCACUUAUUGCCUGUCUGAGCUGCUGCAAAAUAAAAAACAGUUACAGAGUGUUGGCAAUUUCUCAGCUUUAGUUCAACUGCUCCUUUUGCAGUUCUGUCUGCCUUGUGUUGUACCCUGUUAAGCUUGUGUAUAGCUGUUCUUCAGCUGCAGUAUUAAAACUUCAUUCAGUGGGAGUUUCUCCAAUACAUGUAUUGCAUUCUGAAAAUUAUUUAAAAAUGGGAAUCUGAAUCUUGUAAGUAAAUAAAUAAUCCAGUCAAGCUACAUGUGUAACUAGUAAUUAUGCCCAUCUGUGCCAAACAGGAAACAUAAACUUGGUACAGUUGGCACCUGCAUUAUCUAGUCUUGCAAUCUUUCCUGUGUAGCUCAGAUGGAGUUUCUAUUAAAUUUGUAUUUUAAAAAGGUUACACUAAAUGGAAAAGUAUAGGCCUGUCUGGGAUAAAAAUCCAUGGGGAACUAAGUUUCUCCUCAUUGUUGUGGUGUUUGUUAGUGCUGCUAAAAAAGGAGGGGGGGAAAAAAAGGCAGAAAAGCUGCUUUCCUGCCAUCAGGUUACUGUAUUGUCAUGUUUUCCCUAACACUUGGAUCCUCAUCAGUGGGAGGUCUGCCCCAAUUCAGAUCCUGGAAAGCAGUAACCUUAAAUGAGAGAGGCAUGACACUGUUAGUCACAAAUUAUUUACUACCAGCAUUCCUCAUCACUUUAUGGGAAGGGGGAUCCACACCUGCUGGACCAGGAGACAUGUAAAAGCAAUUCAGAAUAUUUUGUUAAAUAGGUGAUAUUCAGUGGUCUAUUACUGUUGGCUAAUUUAGAGCACUUUCAUAUAUACAAUUUUUACACUUUAAAAGUAUUGCAAAUUUUCUCUGUUUCCACAGAACUUGAUUUUUCUGUAAUGUAGCUUCUCCUUGGCUACCUGUGCCAUGGCUAAGCUCUGGCUGCACUGUCCUUUAACACCAAACUGUACAUAUUGUGCAAUAAAAAACUCCAAGGCUUGGUUCUUCUUUCAUAAUUUCUCUGACUGUGGCUUUACCAGGGAGCAGCUUUAUAGAUGCAGCCAUGGGUAAUGCUGUACUAGGAAGAUGUCAGCCAUGGGUGCAUGCACCAGACCAAGACAAAGGCUGCCUAUACUUAAAAUGCCUCCCAGUUACAUUCAUGGACUUAAUAAACUACUCUGGAAUAUUAAUUAAGGUAGAAUUUUAGCAGUUUAAAAACAUACACUUUCCAGAGAACUGUGAAAUGCCAUUAAGUAUGGGAACAAUACUCUUAGCCAAUCUUACCUGGAUUAACUACCUUAAUCUGCUUAGUCAACAACUCAGCCUUUUCUGAGCGUAAGUAGAUGAAAUUAAUAGAAUCUCCUUUAACUUUACAUGUGAUGGAAAUUAUAGCCAAGAACACAACCAGUAAAGUAACCAGUAACAGUAGGAUAUUCCUUAUCGCAGCGAGGUUUCAGUAAUAACCACGCAAUAGGCUCUUGCUUGACAGCUACCUCUGGCUACCCCUACAGAACAUGAUGCAAGCAGAAUCAUGUAAAGCAGUUUAAGAGGCAGUUUACUAUCUACCUCUAACCUCUGCUAAAACAUUCCUGACCUUUCCUUCCUCCGUAAGCCUUCAGCCUAUACGGACCUGGUGCAGUUUCCAUUUCUUCUUGGACAAACACAACGCAGGGUAGAAUUGACCUUAGAGAUAAAAUUUUAUUAGAAAAAUUACAUAAAAUAGAUGUUUUACAUUGUUGCUGUGUGCUAACUACAGCUGGAUGCCUUCCAGAGGGUGCACUCUUGUUACUUACCUCCCUGUAUUUGCACACAGCAAUGCAAAAAAUCCCUCCAACAAACCCCACACCAAUAUAAGAAAUCCAGUAGUUGUUCCACAUGUUUCAAAUGUAGGUACUUUUCCAAACAACUCAUUUCACAGACAACAGGUGAGAACAAUUGCUAUGUAGUACAGAGUUAAAGACAGUGAUUCUGUUUCCUCCCUCCCUGGCCUUACAUUUCCAUGAACAUGACUACCUUCUCUUCACAAAGAGGGCUGCAAGGGCUACUACAAUGCUCAGACUGAAGUAUGAGCAUCUAGGUAUUUAACAAAAACUGGGAUGUUUGUAAACAAAUUUAAUUUAUUGGCAUUACUUACAAAAUAAAGUAUUAGACCAUGAUUUUCCAUCA